UGUGGUGACUCCUGGAGGAGGCGGCCGUGGCCUCGUCACUCUUCCUCCCACACCACCACGCUCCUCUCUCCCUCUUGCUGCAUUUUGCCUCUGGAUAAUAUUUCCAGUUAGUUGCUCAUAUUUUCGGGAGGAUUUGUUGACUAAAUGAGGUUCCUCGAGUUGAAUAUAUCCCCAGAUAUGCUGAAAGUAGACUUUGGUUUAGAAAGCUCUCAUGUAGUGUAUUGACAUUUUCAUAACUACAAAAGUGUUAACUAGAGUAUGGCUGAAGCUGAUGAGGAUUCGACAGAAAUAUUGAAAGAUUUAGAAAAUGAGAGAGAUAAUGAAGAUGAGAAUGGUAAACGAGAACAUCUUGUGACAGAUAUAAAAUACACUGAAAAGGAACUUGUAGAAAGUUAUCAGAUUACAGCUGAAAGUCUUACGGAAGAAAUAAAUAGUGAUGAUAAAGUAGUUUUAAAUGUGUCUGGAUUGGCAGAAAGUAAAGAUCCACCAGAUAAUAAUCCAAAGUUAAGCUCUAAGAAUCUGUGUGAUGAUAGUAAAAUAACUUUUCCUGAGAAAUUAUGGGUCCAUGAUACAAGUCAGAGUGUCUCAUUUACGAGCGUUAAAGAUAAUAUUUGUAAAGUCAAUUUUGGAAAUGAAGAUGGCGAUAUUCAAGAAUUACGAGAUGUUGAAAGGGAAAUAUCACCAGAAUUGACUAAAUCUAGUGAAAAGAAUCAAAUUCAUGACACAACCGUGGAGAAGAGCGUCAUAAUCCAAAACGGUGAAUGUAAACAUCCAGUAGAGAUAAAAGUUGGAAAUAAUGACUUUUCAGAUUUAAAAAAGUUAUCAGAAGAAAAAUCUGCUAGCACAACUUGUUCACCUACACAAGAUGACAAUGAAGACAGUAAAAAAGAAAGUGAGGAAAAUGAGGAUUUUGAAACGGAGGGAGAGGAAGAGGACUCUGAAGAUUCACCAUUGGUGCACACGAGGAGAGAAACAGAGACCGAAACUGAAGACUCUGAUCAUGAUUUUCCCACUGAAGGAUUACUGAAGGAACUACAUUUUCUUAAUGCCAGCUGCGAAAGACCAUUAGCUGAAAAUAAUGCUGCACUACAAACUCAUAAAACACCAAAGAAGCAAAGAAAAUUAGAUUUUGGGAAUGUAUUAGAAGAUGAUGAUACUCCGACAAAUAUUGUAAACCAAAGGGUGUCUCCAAGAAAAAGAAAUAGAAGUAGCACUCCAUCUCCUGAUAAGUCCCUCAAGUUGGUGGCAGGUUCUAAUUGCAAAAAGUUCAAAAUUCCCAGCACAACACCCUUCAAGUUUCAAAAGUCACAAGAAAAAGUUAAUGUUGUCACAAAGCAGUGUGAUGGAGAAACUAGUGAUGAAGAGUCGGAUGAUGAUGGAGGCCUUACUAUUGUGGCACACGAAGAUAUACCACAGAAGAGAAAAGGCAUGACUUCCCCAGCCAGGUCAAAGAAAAAAGUACGUGGUGUGGAGGGAGAUGUUCCACAAGAAGUUAUAGAGUUAAUACAGUCCGGUAUUGAUGAAGUCCUUGAAGAAAAAGCAGAACGGACACACCUUACUGCUAUCCAUGUAAAAAAUAUCAUAAAGAAUGUGAUGACCGAUGAGAAUGUAUUAGCUAUGGUUCGUAACACAAUAUUGGGCAUUCACGGUAAAGGCGCGGAAACAUCUGCAGUAUAUGAGCAGACACUAACAAGAGCCAAAACAAAAGAACUGAUGGAGCAGCAAGCAGCAGGAGUUGGAAGUGGAAACAUAUGGGCAGGACUCUCAAACAGCAGUGCCGGUGGGAGCACCUCCCUUAACCCUGAGACUCAGGCACUAGCCACAACGGAUUUUCCAGAAGAGGAUGAAGAUGAGGAAUACCGACCAGAUGUUGAUGAACAUUUCUUCAGUGAUGAUGAGAGUUUGGUAUCCACUGGUGUUGGUAGUGAGACUGGGUCACCAAUGACUCCAUGCACGCCUUCCUCUUAUGUGCAUACAACUCCAGGUUCUUUUAAUUCUCUCAAUACACCACACUCUUCCAGAAUGAGCACACCAAGAAAUCAGCGAUUAAUGGUCUUAAAGACGCCGAGUGUGCAAAAGAAAAACGUUCAGAGGAUCCUUGAUUUUGAUACUGUGAAAAGUAAAGAGGAAGUUGUAAGCCAGAGAACAAGAUCCAAGUUGCCAUUGACAGAAACUCCACUAGAGUGUUUAGAAAUGGCAUUUAAACCCCCUGAUGUCACAAAUGACAUGUAUGAAACUGAAGUUGAUAAUGAUGAUUGGAAGACAUUCCUCAUUGACUUCAUUCAUCCACUAAAGAACCCAGAAGCUGGUGAGGAUGAGGAAGCUGACCCGGAGUACAACAUAUUGGAAGAUAAGGAGGAUGCGUUGGAUUUGAAAGAGGAAAUGAGAGGAGAUAGAGCUGUUCAGAUUUCAAAGAAGGAAAUUAAUGAGCUCAUGAUCGAGCUUUUUGACACACUUGGCAAAAGUGAAGGCACAGAUGCUCUUCGAGUGCACCUUUCUCAAAAUAACAGCCAGAAGGAAGCCAAAAAGUCUCAGUUUAAAACAUCUCAGGCAUGUCAACCAGAUGAGAAUAAGGAUGAUGCAUCUUCUGGAGCCAUCUGGGUGGAUGUUCUCACAGCAGAAUUUACCAAGGCCCAACUACAAAUUCUUCAGUGUCAAAUGAUUCAGCAUGUUCAACUCCUGGCUACGUCAUCACUACUGUGUUAUGGCACCUCACCUCUGACCUAUGUGGCUAAUGGUUGCCUAGAGCUCCUGGAAGAUCUAAAGAAGAAUGCAGAGGAGAGUGAAUUCAAGGAAUCCUUCUUUCGUCCAUUUAACCUAGAGCCAGCCCUAGAAACCCUAAAGAACAUACAGAUGAAGACAGCAGAUAAUCCUAUCAGUGACGUACAACCAGAGAGUUGUACAGCAGAUUUGAAUCCAAUAGUAAUUGAAGCAAUAUUGGAAUCAUCAGCUUUUCCAUAUCCUCGCUUGCUCCCGAUUCGUAUGUUCAAGCUCCAAAACACUCGUGGAUUUAAGAAAGCAGUUUUUGUCAAAUCUGAAGAUAUGUUAAUUGCAUUAGGUUUGGAACGUUAUUUGGACCCCAAAUAUCACCAAGAAAAGUGUAGAAAAAGCCAACCCCAUCAACUUUUGCAGGCUCUUUCAAUGACAGUGGAAAAUAUUUUAGUGGGUAAAACCUUGAGCCAAGCUACAAAUAGGAUUAAGAAUAUUCGAUGUCGUGCAAAUGUUGCUCCUAAUAAUCCUGUAUUGAAAUAUCUUGAAACUGGUCACUUGGAUCUACCACCAGCAGAAAUAGAAUCAUCACUGCCUUGUGUUCCUUGUCCUGUUCAGAACUUUCCAGAGGCAUCCUUGAAAGAACCAUACCGAAAGAUGUUACAAAAACGUAAUGCUGCUCUAAAACGUAUGAUUCAAGAAGUAUCUCUGAAAGCGGCAAUGGCACUAGAGAGAGAAGAAAGAGAAGCAAAGUUUCGUGGUGCUACAACUUUACCAAAAUCGAUCCAAAACAUUUUGAUAAUUCAGUCUGGUGGUAGUGGUGGUGGUGGUGGAGGUCAGCAAAUGCCAGAGUCAGCAGCUACAGCACAGCCAUUCACCGCCUACAGCUGCAUUGUUGAUUCAAGUGUUAUUCAUGACUCUCCAUCUGUUAAUCUCUCACAAAUACAAGUUGUAAGGAUGCCAAAUUUGCCAUCAUCAAAGUGCAAGGCACAGGCUGAUAGUCUAAAGCAGCGUGGUUAUCCUAGCCAUAGCAAUCAGUCUACUCCAGGUGAUAGUUGUAAACCAAAUGGUAUUGGUGAUCAGUCCUCUGUCAGGACACUCAAGGACAAUACUGAAAAUGACUCUACUAAUUUAGUGCCUUCUAACUCUGAAUCGACUGUAGUGUCAUAUAAUGAUCAAGAAUCAAGUGUAGUGUUUGUGGAUAGUGUGCAAGAUGAAGAAUGCAACAGAAAGAAUAUUGGAGAAGCAAGCCCUCCCUCGCCUAUGAAGACUUCAGAAUUGGAAAGUAAACCAUUAAAAUCAAAUGUUGAAUUGAACGAUAAGAACCAUGAUAUCACACAGUGUAUAUCAGAGGAUGGUGAGAAUCGUGUUUAUGAUAAAGCAUUUAAUGUAGACAAAGAGGAAGAUGUUAGUCAGAAACCUGGAGAUGACCUUGAUAGUGGUAUAACAAGUGACAAUGAAUCUUUACCAGAUUUAAAUGAAAGACCAAAAGAAAGUGAAACUUUUGGUGAAAUUAGGAAGAAAAAUUACAAACCUUCAUGUUCAUCAUCAGUGGAGAGGAUAGAAAGUGGAGGUUUGGAGAGUGUUGCUAGAACCCCACCAAGAGCACACUAUAGUACACCACCUGAUACCCCAUCUUCAUAUGAUAUGCCUUCCUUUCUAACUACUCCAGGUAAGUCAGAUGAAAAUGAUGGUUUUGUCUCAUCACUCCAUACUCCAGUUAUCUCAACUUCACCAAGUCAAUCUCUCACCACACCUGUAAAGGUAAUACGAGAAAUUAAACAAACGGAUCUUUCCUCCAUUCUUGGAAAAAGUGAAGUGGAGUUAACAAAUCUUUCUUAUGAUAAUGGAAAUAACUCUGCACCUGCAGCCUCCCAUACAUCAUCUGCAUCACCGUGUGACACCAGAGGCUCACUUGAGUCAAGUAUUCUAGUGCCCCUAAGAGAGGGAAAUAAAAGAACAAAGUACAAUGAAAAAGAUAAUCUUAAAGAUGAUGGUAAAACUUCCUUCCCUGGAAAAUGUAAUUUAGUCAUCCAAAACACUGCAUUACAAGAUCAAAUUGGGACACAAGAAAGGGUAUCUACACUAUCCCAGGACCAAGCUUCCACCCAGAGCAGCAGUAUAACUCUUGUAACAUCAGUUUACCAAAGCCCAAUAUUCUCCGCUGGGGUAGAUGAAGUCAGUCCACUGAAUUUAAUUCACAUCUCUCCACAAAAAACAAAGGCAUCUUAUAGAAAGAUUUCACCUGCAAAAAAUUUUAGGUCACCAAUUAAAACCUCGCCUCUAAAGCAGGUUUCACCCAUUUUACGUAAAUAUCACAAAUAUUCCAAAAAGAAGAGACGCCUAAUGUCAAACAAAAAGCUUUCUCCAAUUCUUCCUAAAAUAUCGGAUAAGUCAAACACUGAGAAGAGAAGAUUGGCACCCAAAGUUUCCAAAGCUUCAAUUGUCCAUGAUAGCAUCAGAGGAAGACAUCCUAGAAGAGCUACAGGACCAGAGAGUUUUCUUCGUGGAAGCAAAGUCACAGGCGAUGGGGAUCUUCUUCAGCUGGACGAUGAACUCAUGGAUGGUAAUACCUCGCUCGGCUCCGCCUCUAACUUAUCUCGGCCAUCUACACAUGUUCAUCAGAGUGAAGAAGAAUUUGAAGAAUAUUCUUUGGAGGAUGAGGAUGAAGAAGAUGAAGAUGAAGAAGAGGAAGAUGAGGAAGAGGAAGAUUUAGAAGCUGCACAACAAAGAGAAGAGCAUCUGGCUGCCCUGUUAAAGGCCUCAUCCACUAUAACAUUAAGAAGAGGUGGUGGUGGUGGUGAUGGAUUUGAUAAAAGAUUGAGUUCUGUUGAAGAUUUGGGCCAGGGGGAGAGAAAACUUACAAAACAACAGCGAAGACUUCAGGCACGCAUCACUGCCCUUUCUAAUGUUCCAGAUACUGUCAGCCAAGAUAAGUUUAUGGCACAAAGUUACCUAAUGCGAGUUCGAGAAGCAUUAAUGGGGAAAGAUCCUGUAGCUUUCAAAGAGUUCUUGUGUAUGCUUAAUGAGUUCACAGAGACUCCAGGCAAGAGUCCCAUCCAACUUUAUACUCAGCUGUGUGAGGUUUUAAAAGAUUAUCCAAAUCUCACUGAAGAAUUUGUGUCCUUCCUUCUUCCCCAACAAGCAAUGACACUUGGCAAAUUUGCUCAGUAUUGUGCUAUUCAUCGAAUGAGAGACUUUCUUGAAAAGUUGGAGUUACAGUUCUGCAAACAACCAAAGUACAUUCAAAAAAUUAUACGGCUACUCCAGUCCAUGCAUAGUGAUCCUAAGCUGAAUAUUGAAGAAGUGAAAGCUGCAAUGACGCCUCUUCUCAAGUAUCCACAUCUAGUAGAGUGUUUUACUCAGUGUUUUCCUUCACAGCCUCCACCUCCAAGCUUACAAAGUGAUUUUGAAGAUAUAUCAUUAGAAAAUCCAGGAACUCCUGAUAGUAUGGAAAGGUUGGUUCUACACGAUGAAGACAGUCACACCUCUCCCAACCAGUGUGUGUGCCCUUGUCAUGUUUCAGUCUCCAGCCCACCCACUAGUAAUGUAGUGGCUCAGAGUACUGCAGCAAACUCUGGACAUCAUAAUCACUGUCGUUCAUGUGCAUUGAGGUUUUCUGAGGGUCGGAUUUAUCUACAAUGUGGUAAAACUCUCCGCCCUGCUAAGGUAACUUAUCAAGCAGAAGAUGUUAAAAAGGAGGAAGUUGAUGAAAAAUCUAGCCAUGGUCAAGCAACUGGAGGAAAUGUUCAGACUGGAAUUGACUGCAGUGAAACAUCCACAAAGGUCAAAAGUUUAGGGAAGGGAAAAAGCUCUCAUUCUAAGGAUCCCAGUGACAAUGUACAUGUAAGGAGCAAAGAAAAUUCAAAUAAAAUGGUAUCUAACAGUAGUUCAAACAACACGGUACAUGUAAACAAUACUAGCACGUUAAAGAGCAGAACAGUUGUUUUAAGUGAAGAAAGAUAUGCAAAGGAGGAUAUCUGUAGUCAAGGUGAAAAGAUAGAUAUCGCUGUUAGAAUCAGAGGUGAUAAUGUAGACAGUGUUACAGAAAUAGUUAGCAGCAAAAAUAUUGAUAAUACAUGUUGUAAAAAUGACUGCAUCUUGGAGGGGAAAAAUCAUAAUGUAAAGAAAACCUGCGUUAAUAGAAGUUAUGAGAAAACGGAAGAUAAUUUGUGCACAGACCCAACUUAUGCAAAGUCGGCCAGUCACAGUAGAACAGGUUUGUGCCAAACAAAUAUGAGGCUUUUAAAGGGAAAAGUUAACACUGACAGCACUAGUAAUUCUUUCGGGAGUAAAGAAUUGUCAUAUCUUUCCAGUUCCACUCCAAAAGAAGUUGUAAACAAAAAUCCUGUAUUGCGAUCUUGCUCAAACAUAAACAAUCUUCAGCAUUUUUGUACAGUAGGUGAACUUCUUGAUCAGCAUGUGAAUGUGAUAGAUGAACGUAAUAAGCCCAAUACCAAUGCGAUGAUUAUAACAGACAAAGCUCAGCUUCAAAACGAACAUAAGGCUACAUUUUGCCACGUACCAAUCAAAAUAUCGUGUGAAACAACAGAAACUCAACAGAAUUUAAAUUCAAAUUUUAUACUGAAUAAAGAACCAUCAUCUGUGCUCUAUUCCGGAGGCAAUAAAAACUCAUGCAGGACAUACUUGAAACAUUGUAAUUUAUCGAGAGAUUCCAAAUCAUCCUCAGAUAGCACAAGCUGCUCUUCUUCAGCAUCAUUUGCAAAAGCUUUAGUAAACCAAUGCACCUCUAAUACAGAAGCAAAACGGCUAUAUAGAAACUUUUCAGAAAGUUUGGACUCUUCACCGGGAAAAUUAUCCUCAGGGAGUGUAUCAAGUGUUCCUGCUACACUCACAACCUCCUCAUCUUGUAACUCUGUCAGCUGGACUAAAGAGGAAGACCGAAUGAUCCUGACUGUAAUACAACAAAAGGGUGUUAAUGACGUUGCAUUUCAAGAAAUUGCUGAUGCUCUUCCUUCAAGAGACUAUAAUGAGUUCGCAAAAGUGUGCAAGAACCCUUCCUCUUGGUAACUACCUCACUUCUGCGUGGAGAAGACAUUGGUGGUGUGAUACUCUCACACUGACCCUCUGUGUUGAGAGAGUAUCACCACAUCAACACUGUAGCACCCAAAUCAUGUAGCAGCUACAUGAUUCGGCCAAAAUUUUCAUGGACCACCAGGAAAUUUCAGUGAACCGGAGCUGUUCUGCGGACCUCAGGUUGAAGAACAGGGACCUAAAGCAAGUGUAUGACUCGACCUGGAAAUAUACAUGUUCAAUUGGAUUCUUUUGACCUCUGAGAGCAAUUUGUCACUCUUCACUCAAAGCUUUCCCUCAAGCCUGACCACUAUCUUUGCCUCUUAUUUCCUCUCCUCUAAUUCCUGUAUUUAAAAAAAAAAUCUUUAACAAAUGUGUUGGAAUACAUAUUGCACAUGUCAAGCUUAUAAAUUUAUUUUUUCUCUUUCAGGUAUUUGAUCGCUUUAAUG